AUGACAAGUUUUGCAAAGGUUAUGUUAUAUGCUGUACUAGUAUUGAUAGUGGCACCCGGCUGCAUGUCAGGAAAGUGUCGGCCGUACAACCCGUUCAAGAUAAACGGCACACAGACACCGAAUACUACGAUAUACCCAAAACAAUGUCAUUGUUACUAUUGUCAGCGUACUAGCAACCAAAAAGGACCAGUCACAACAAAAUGGAACGUUAAAAAGGUUAUUUGUAGACAGAAAGCAUUUAAACGCAUCCCAGAAGAUAUACCAGUUGAUGUUCAGCAGUUAGACCUUUUUAAAAAUUCCAUCAGCAAACUGUCGUCUGGUGAAAUGAUCAACUUUAAAGAACUAAAAUUUUUAGAUUUGUCUUUUAAUGAUCUACAGGAUAGUAAUAUAGGGGACCAUUUUUUUGAUUGUCUCACUAAAUUGAACAAGUUGAACUUGGAUAACAAUUAUGCAAUUAAUCACAUACCAAUCGUUUGGUUUCAGAAAUUAGUGGCGUUGGAAAUUCUAAACAUUAGAUAUUCAGCCGUCAAAACUCUACAACGUGGAGUAUUCAAACAUUGCGGUAAUUUAACUAGGAUAUAUUUGACGGGAAACAAUUUAGUGUCUCUGCCUCCUGAUUUAUUCCGAAACCAACCUGUUCUAAGAAUUGUUGAUGUUUCACAUAGCAGUAUAAAUGCUAUACAGGAUGAAGUAUUUCGUGGUUCACCAGAGAUAAAUUAUUUCUUUCUACAUUAUAAUAAGGUAACAACAAUAAGUCGAAAUAUGGGUCUACAGAAUUUGACCAAGUUAAUUCAGAUCGGAGUUUGGCAAAACCCGCUUGUCUGUGAUUGUAACUUGGUAUGGUUUCGUCACUGGAUAAACCAAACCAAUGCAACAUUGAUAGAACUCGAUAAAACUAAGUGUAGAAACACGAAUGGUACAAGUCUAGUUAACUUUGAUGCAGAUUCGUUGAUAUGCAUUGAGCAUGACUUUACAAAACCUGUCCUCAUUGCCACAUUUUGCUCAGCAGGUUGCCUAACCGUUCUUGGUACAUUACUUUAUGUUUUCCGGUGGGAUAUCAGGUAUACUUAG